AUGGAGAUAGAUGGUGUAGCACCGCCUGUGCCGGAGAAGCCAUUGUUCGAGCCGCUGAAGGCGCACGAGAUGUCCGACGGGAAAGUCCAGUUUAGGAAAGUCUCCGUCCCUCCUCACCGAUACACUCCGUUGAAGAAAGCGUGGAUGGAAAUCUACUCACCGGUCUACGAGCAGAUGAAGGUCGACAUCCGAAUGAACCUGAAAGCUAGGAAAGUCGAGCUGAAGACCAGAGGAGAUACCCCUGACAUUAGCAACCUACAGAAGUGUGCCGAUUUUGUACACGCAUUCAUGAUGGGGUUCGAUGUGAUCGACGCGGUAGCCCUGCUGAGGAUGGACGAGCUGUAUGUAGACUCGUUUGAGAUCAAGGAUGUGAAGACCCUCAAGGGCGAGCACAAGUCGAGAGCCAUUGGGAGGCUUUCGGGGAAAGGAGGGAAGACGAAGUUCUCCAUCGAGAAUGCGACCAAGACGAGGAUCGUGCUGGCAGACGAGAAGAUUCACAUCUUGGGUUCAUUUAGGAAUAUCAAGAUCGCCAGGGAUGCUCUCUGCAGCCUCAUUUUGGGUGCGCCGCCCGGGAAGGUGAACUCGAAGCUUAGACAAGUUACUGCUAGAUCAGCAGAGCUGUUUUGA